GGGGUCUUGUACAUUCCCCAUGGAAACAAUAAAUAAAACUGCCAAGGUACAAUUCUUCUUUCGUCCAUUCUCACCUGACCCUGGGGUACAGAUGGUGAUUUUUGUGACCUUCUUGGUGAUGUACCUGACCAGCCUCAGUGGAAAUGCCACAAUUGCUGUGAUUGUCCAUAUUAACCACUCACUCCACACCCCCAUGUACUUUUUUCUAGCUAACUUGGCAGUUCUGGAAAUCUUCUAUACAUCAUCCAUUGCACCACUGGCCUUGGCAAACCUUCUUUCUAUGGGGAAAACUUCUGUUUCCAUCACUGGUUGUGGUACCCAGAUGUUUUUCUUUGUUUUCUUGGGUGGAGCUGACUGUGUCCUGCUUGCAGUCAUGGCUUACGACCGGUUUGUUGCAAUCUGCUACCCUCUGAGAUACACACUCAUCAUGAGUUGGUCCUUGUGUAUAGAGAUGAUGGUGGGGUCCCUGGUGCUGGGAUUCCUGCUGUCACUGCCGCUAACUAUUUUAAUCUUCCAUCUGCCAUUCUGCCACAACAAUGAAAUCUAUCACUUCUACUGUGACAUGCCUGCAGUCAUACGCUUAGCUUGUGGAGACACGCAUGUUCACAGGACUGCCCUGUAUAUCAUCAGCUUCAUUGUCCUAAGCAUCCCCCUAACUCUGAUAUCUAUCUCCUAUGGUUUCAUCAUCACAGCCAUUUUACGGAUCCGGUCUGCUGAAGGGCGCCAUCGAGCCUUCUCUACCUGCUCCUCUCACAUCGUAGUGGUCCUCCUACAGUAUGGCUGCACCAGUUUUAUAUAUUUAUCCCCCAGUUCCAGCUACUCUCCUGAGAUGGGCCGAAUGGUGUCUGUGGUCUACACUUUUAUCACCCCCAUUUUAAAUCCUUUGAUCUAUAGUAUGAGGAACAAGGAACUAAAAGAUGCUCUGAGGAAGGCAUUGAGAAAGUUCUAGGUAAAAUGAUCUUGUGAUUUAUUUAAAUCAAGGCACUUCUGAAAUUGAAAUGGAAUGCUAAUACUACUUACGAAGGUUCCAAGUAUACUGGUG